AUGCCAGUCCCCAGCCGGCAGGUCCCCAUCGGCCGUUCCCAGAGCUGGGAUGCUGCCGGGUGGUGCGAGGGCCCCUGGGAGGUGGCCGAGGCCCCGGCGAGGAGCAGCUCCGUGGCGGACGGCAGCGCAGGGGGACCCUGGUACGAGCCGCAGGGCGCCGGGGGGCCCUUCGUCUACCGGGAGGCCUUCUUCAACUCGGUGGCUGGAAGGAGGAGCCCCGUCGCCGACUUGGCCUUCUACGACAGCAGACAGGCGCUGAUGUCUGGCCGGGGGGCCCUGCUGCCGCGGGAUUACUACGGCGACGCAGCCGCCCGAGUGCCCAAGGAGGCUCGCCACCCACGGGACCCGGGACUCGGCCGGCCGCUGCCUGGUUACGGCGUGACGGGCGGCAGGCUGACAUGGGAUCAGGUGCAAGGCCGGGUCCCCGCCCUGCAGGAUGCCGGGCACCUGUACCGGGAUCCCGCGGGUAAAGGGGCGGCUCAGGGGCAGCGGUCGCAGAGCCGGGCCCCCUCGCCCACGCGCUGUGCGGGGGAGCUGGUCGACGGCAGGUUCGCGGCCGAGGCCCCCCCCUACCCCGCCAGCCAGAUCUACAGCGACGUCGGCGAGAGGCCCGUGGAUUCUGCCCCCGCCAGGCAGCCAGCCCCCACCUGCCUGGUCGUGGAUCCCAGCACAGCCACGGCGUCGGACGGCGGCCCUGGGUUGGCCCCAGGAGCCCUGAACCGGGGCUACGGGCCUGCCCGGGACGGCAUCUCUAGACUAGUUUACGAGAACUGCGAGGCGGACCUGCCCUCCUCCCAGGGCCCCGGCGGCAGGAGGAGCGUGCUCCCCGAGUUCCUGGCCCUCCUGCGGGCGGAGGGGGUGGCGGAGGCCACCCUGGUGGCCCUGUUGCAGCAGGGCUUUGACUCUCCAGCCGUCCUGGCCACCAUGGAGGACGCGGACAUCAAGUGCGUGGCGCCCAACCUGGGCCAGGCCCGCGUGCUGGGCCGCCUGGCCGCCGGCUGCAGGGCGGAGAUGCAGCUGCAGAGGCAGGGCCGGGCGGGCCCCCUGCCCCGGCUGCGCUCCAGCAGCUUCAGCCAUCGAAGCGAGCACCCCGGGGACGUGUCUUCUCUGGGCGCCUCGGCCUUGCAGCCCCAUUCCGUGGGGCCCCUGCAGGCCGCCUCCCCCCGAGCCGGAGACCUGGCCCGCCGCCCCUCCAGCGCACCGUCCCAGCACCUCCUGGAGACGGCAGCCACCUACUCUGCCCCCGGGGUGGGCGCCCAGGCGCCCCACUUCCCCUCCAACUCUGGGUACAGCUCACCCACCCCCUGCGCUUUGAACGCACGGCCGGGCCCCACAUGCCCCCCACAGACUGGGGUGGCCUCAACCUACCCCGGCCCGGCCACCCCCCUUCACCCAGGCCCCAGGACGGCCUACUCCACGGCAUACACGGUGCCCAUGGAGCUGCUGAAGAGGGAGCGCAGUGUGGCCGUGUCACCCCUGCCCAGCCCGCAUGGCAGCCCCCAGCUCCUGCGGAAGCCCAGUGUCCCCGCGGAGCCGUCCACCCUGCCGCCAGCCGGCCAGAGCCUGCACACGCCUCACUCGCCCUACCAGAAGGUGGCCCGGCGGACGGGGGCCCCCAUCAUCGUGUCCACCAUGCUCGCUCCAGAACCAAGUAUCCGCCCCCAGAUCAUGAACGGCCCCCUGCACCCCCGCCCCCUGGUGGCCCUGCUCGACGGCAGAGACUGCACGGUGGAGAUGCCGAUCCUGAAGGACCUGGCCACCGUGGCCUUCUGCGACGCACAGUCCACUCAGGAGAUCCACGAGAAGGUUUUAAACGAAGCCGUUGGCGCCAUGAUGUACCACACCAUCACCCUGACCAGGGAGGACCUGGAGAAGUUCAAGGCCCUGAGAGUGAUCGUGCGGAUUGGCAGUGGCUAUGACAACGUGGACAUCAAGGCUGCUGGCGAGCUCGGGAUCGCUGUGUGCAACAUCCCGUCCGCCGCGGUGGAAGAGACGGCCGACUCCACCAUCUGCCACAUCCUCAACCUGUACCGGAGGAACACGUGGCUGUACCAGGCGCUGCGGGAGGGCACGCGGGUCCAGAGCGUCGAGCAGAUCCGGGAGGUCGCUUCGGGAGCAGCUCGCAUCCGCGGAGAGACGCUGGGCCUCAUUGGCUUUGGUCGCACGGGGCAGGCGGUCGCUGUUCGAGCCAAGGCCUUCGGAUUCAGCGUCCUGUUCUAUGACCCCUACUUGCAGGACGGGGUAGAGCGGUCCCUGGGCGUACAGAGGGUCUACACCCUACAGGACUUACUGUAUCAGAGCGACUGUGUCUCCUUGCACUGUAAUCUCAACGAACAUAACCACCACCUCAUCAAUGACUUCACUAUAAAGCAGAUGAGGCAAGGGGCCUUCCUGGUGAACGCGGCCCGCGGCGGGCUGGUGGAUGAGAAAGCCUUAGCACAAGCCCUCAAGGAAGGCAGGAUACGAGGGGCGGCCCUCGACGUGCAUGAGUCGGAGCCUUUCAGCUUUGCUCAGGGUCCCUUGAAAGAUGCACCGAAUCUCAUUUGUACGCCCCACACAGCUUGGUAUAGUGAGCAAGCCUCGCUAGAGAUGCGGGAGGCGGCCGCCACCGAGAUCCGCCGGGCCAUCACAGGUCGCAUCCCCGAAAGCUUGAGAAACUGUGUGAACAAGGAAUUCUUUGUCACAACAGCUCCCUGGUCAGUAAUAGAUCAGCAAGCCAUUCAUCCGGAGCUCAACGGCGCCACAUACAGAUACCCGCCGGGCAUCGUGGGCGUGGCGACCGGAGGACUUCCCACGGCCAUGGAAGGGAUCAUCUCCGGCGGCAUCCCCGUGACUCACAACCUCCCCACCGUGGCGCACCCUUCCCAAGCUCCCUCUCCCAACCAGCCUACAAAACACGGGGACAACAGAGAGCACCCCAACGAGCAAUAGCAGAGAAUGACGAACGGUCAUCCUUCAGAUAAACCUGGGACCAAGAGACAGUGACAAAUAGGUGAACUGAGGAAAAGGAAUCUGUCUUUUUAACCGACUCCGGACACACGCAUCGCUGCCGUUGCAGUGUUAGAAGCGAGCCCGGCGCCGUCGUCUGGUACAGAAGCGCCGAGAGACUAGGAUGUGAUUCAUUAACGACCAACUUCUGUUAUUGUGUGUUCCGUUCUUCAUCUGUGCAUCAAAUCACAAAGAAUAAAUAGAUCUUUUUCCUUUAUCAGCCCCUUGGGCACAGCAGGUCCUGAGCACCUUGCUCUAGAAUGUUGCGUCUGAAGUCCCAAACGUCAAAAUAAAACAUGCUAAGAGGAAAUCCCCCUCCUCUGACUCUGAUCCCUUCGGUCCGUGGGGGCUGGUUACCUUUUCCGCUAGUAGGAAGAUCCGAUGCCUACAAGACGGGGAGGAGACUGUUUGCCUGUGUGGCCGACCGCACGCGUGGGACCGAGGACCGCACGGCCUCCUGUACAGAAGCCUCUCCUGUCUGAACUGCACACUGAGCGGGCCAGUUGGUUGUGAAGUCAGUACUACCCUCUGAUGCAAAAAAAACAACAAAAAAAAAAAAACAAAAAAAAAAGGAAAAAGAAAAAAAAAGAAAAAAGUAUUAAGUUUCACAAGCUGUUUGUACUCAAAUAUAUUUUCUCAGUUUCAGAUCCUCAGCUAUUUUAUUGAGUGGAAAGUCUUGAGCUAAAAGAGUUCAAGAAAAAUACUGUUGCAUUUCCUUAUGUCUCAGGAAACACUUUUUAUGGUAACUUGUCAGAUUGUCUAUGAACAAACCCACUUUUUUAGACAUUGAUAAAGUCUUCUUUUCUUCACGUGCUAUUUUAUACAAGAACACUUCAGGUGUGUUAUUAGAUGUGACUGAUUUUAACAAAUCCUAUUAGAUUUGUAUCAACUAGUUACAUGUUAUAUUCAUAGUCUUUUGUGAAUCAUCGCCUUUUUGUUUAAAAGAUGGCCUAUUUUGAGCCUUUGUAUAGGUACAUUCCUGUUUUUGUGACAAAAAAAACCUUUAAAACUGUCCCAAACAGAAAAAUAAUGGCUAUCAGAACUGUUUUGUUUUCGUGUGAGUCACCGUUCCUGUAUUUGUUUAUUGUAAAAGUGGACAUAUAGCGUUCAGUGCAGUUUUCAAUAAAAAGUAAUAAAAAUUUGUUAAGUUCUGAAA